AGAGAGAGCCAUGUUGAGGUCAGCGUAAUACAUACGACUGUGGGGCAAGUGUAUGUUACGGCUGCUGGGGACGGAGAUGCAGGGAAAAUCAACUGAUGCUGUACCAGAGGUGGAGGCUUUCUAUUGAAGCCAUAGGAUGGACAUUUGCAGGCAAUACUAAAUACUGGAUGACUGUGUACAGCAUUGUGUGUGUGGACUUUGCUGCAGUCAGUGUUUUUCUGAGGAUAUUGAGAACAGGAUUUGUGGAAGCUUACAAUUUCACAGUCUGACUGGUUGUGUAGAGGUUUUUUCUCUGGAAAUUGUGCAAAAUCAGGUUGGCGUGAUUCAAAUGGACUGCAACUGUGUGGAUAUGGCUACCAGAUGUAGAGAAUUACCACAAACAGCAAGGAAGCCAGCUAGGAGUGAUUGACCUGCCGCUUCAGCACCAGAACCUCAAACUGGAGGCAACAAAGGUUGCCCACUCCAUCACUGUAAGGUGACAGAGGUCAACAAACUGCAGCACUGAACAAACAGCAAAGACAAACUGUCGUUAACAGAUUAGUUCACAUUCACAAACACACAGCACUUUAUCAGUAGUUUAGGCUGAUAUAAGUAGUUAUGGUUCAAAAUAUGUAAUCUGUGAAAAAGAGGGCCAAGCAAUCAAGACUAUUGGACUGCAGAUCUUGUCCCUCAUAUUGUGUCCGGUUGAAGACCCAGACCCGUUGGAAACAGAAUCACUGGAAAUAUAGUAUUCAACUACAGAAACUUUGUCCGAACACAAAACUUUGCUCAAAUAAUCAUCAUUGACAGUUUCUCAUGAUCAUUAUGAAAGACCAAAUCUGCUUUAACUGUUUCAAAAAUCCAACAUGUGAAACAUUCACUAUGUUGCAGCAUGGAUACAAGUAAAACAAGAGCUGGGUGUAUCACACCCAUGUGAUACCAUAAAAACGGCAAAUAUCCUUGUUUCAUAUACACAACCAAUCAAGAUGAGGAUGCUACGAGUGCAGCGGUAUACGUAUUAUUUCAUCCUCGGAGUGAUGGCGUACCUAUCUCUGGCCUACUACAUCCACUUCAGGUCUCCACAGAUACAGGAGUGGACACCCCUAAGAGACACUGGUCAGGACACUCACAGCAGACCAGUGUCCAUUCAAGAGAAGGAUGGCAUCAGAAACAUAAGCACGUGGCAGAGGACAACUGACCAGAUGCGACUCAUUGAUGCUUCAAACUAUCACGGAACAGACGUCCAUCGUCCGUUAUACUUUGAGAAGGAAAACAUUAAUAUCAAACUUGGAAAGAUCAAGUUUGGAUCAGUCGAAUUCCAAAAUUUGGAGCAUAUUUAUGUGUAUGCAGCUUUUCUCGAUAAAAGAAUACAGAAUAAGACGUAUGCUCGGAUAUUUGCACUUCAGAGGACUACAAACCUGGAAGGCCUUUUGUGCAGAUUCUACUUGGGUGAAAACAAGGAAACUGCUCUGACUGUUUUCACCGAAAAAUAUGAAAUGUGUGAAAAUCAUGGCAAAGGGUAUGGUGGGUAUAUUUAUACAUGUCAGGUGCCUGAGUUGAUACACGACACACCCACAACUGUUUCCCUGUCAACUUAUUCCACCAACUUUGCUCAAAGCAAUCCUCAACUGACCUUGAAUUUAACUCCACUGCAAUCCAAUUCCAACUCUGACUCGCAACUAAGUUUUUUCCGAGUAUGUGUGCCACCCAUAUUUGGAAAUAUUCCACUAAAUAUUCUAAUUCAGUACAUUGAACUGACAAAGAUACUAGGUGGAUCAAAAUUAUUUUUCUACAAGUAUAACGUAUCAAAAAGUGUUGAAAAACUUUUAAAAUAUUACACAGCAAAAGGUGACAUCCAUGUUCUGAACUGGAAUCUCCCGCCUGGCGUCAAUGUGUUCAAUAUAUGGUACAAUGGACAGUUGCUGGCAAUUCAAGACUGUCUGUACAGGAACAUGGCAGCAUUCAAAUUUUUACUGUUUACCGAUCUUGACGAGAUUCUAAUUCCCCGACAAGCCAACAACUGGGUUACCAUGCUGCAUAACAUGGCCUUGAAAUCUGAACAUAGUCUUUCAAACUUGGAUGACAUUGCUGGUUUUUCUUUUCAAAGUGUUUUCUUCGGUCCAAACCAAGAGCCAGAUCCGGGUCAAACGUUACAAUUCCUUCAAAGACGUGACCGAACUCAAGUAACAAGCAAAAUAAGGUCAAAACUGUUAAUCCAACCAAGUCACGUGUUUGAGCUGGGGAUCCACCACAUGAGUAGACCGAUACGAGAUAACAUGACAGUCAUGAGCGUGGGUCCAGAUGAAGCUCUGCUACAUCACUACAGGUCCUGCGUGAGGUCAUUUGAUGCAAAUAUGAAGUGUUAUCCUCAAAUACGAGAUGACACUGUAUUGAAAUAUGCAGACUUGCUGAAUGCACUUACAAGGAGUGUAAUGCUGGAUGUGUUGAAUUUACUCAAACAAUCAUAAGGCAUCUCUGUACGAGACUAUUUAUUACCUCAUUAAAUGAAUAUGUGAA